AAUAAGAUCGUCCAGUGUUACCCGAACCCCUGCGGGGACUGUUGUGCCAGGUGGUGGGGGAUUUGGGACCGUAGGAGGGGCCAUCAUGGGCAGAUGUGGCGAGGGAGGAAAGGGGAGAAGAGGGGUCCCGAUGAGCAAUCCUUACACCCGACCCGCAGUGUGGAAACAGCGUCCCGCCCACACACUUCCCACAGAAUCUCCCGACGUCCACACCUCUCACUCCAGCUUGGACUUUGAUGCUGUGGGCACGCCUCAAAGCUAGAAGUUUAUGGCACCCACCUGCUCAAUCUGACAGGAAGCGUCUGCUCCCCACUUCUCCCCAGCCACUGUGGUCUAGAGAUUCCAGGAAACCCCGGUUCCCUGUGACCUCAUGGUGUGCUCUGUUCUCCACCCUAGGGACCAGAAGGAGCCAGGAGUAAAGAACUGGUUUACUUGGCCGCCACUGGGAAAUUCUGGCCCUUUCACUCUGCGAUUCGUGUGUGACUCGAUUUCAGGGAAACGGAAUUCGCGUGGUCUGAGAAGGAGGCCGGAGUGGACGGGCUGGGGAAGGCACCGUGAUGCCCUCAACCCCGUGCCUGAAGGUGGUCCACGAGCUGCCCGCCUGUACCCUCUGUGUGGGGCCGCUGGAGGAUGCGGUGACCGCUCCCUGUGGACACACCUUCUGCCGGCUCUGCCUCCCCACGCUCUCCCAGAUGGGGGCCCAGUCCUCGGGCAAGAUCCUGCUCUGCCCGCUCUGCCAAGAGGAGGAGCAGGCAGAGACUCCCAUGGCCCCUGUGCCCCUGGGCCCGCUGGGAGAGACUUACUGCGAGGAGCACGGGGAGAAGAUCUACUUCUUCUGCGAGAACGACGCCGAGUUCCUCUGUGUGUUCUGCAGAGAAGGUCCCACCCACCAGGCGCACACCGUGGGAUUCCUGGACGAAGCCAUUCAGCCCUACCGGGAUCGUCUCAGGAGUCGACUGGAAGCUCUGAGCAUGGAGAGAGAUGAGAUUGAGGAUGUAAAGUGUCGAGAAGACCAGAAGCUUCAAGUGCUGCUGACUCAGAUUGAAAACAAGAAGCAUCAGGUGGAAGCAGCUUUUGAGAGGCUGCAGCAGGAGCUGGAGCAACAGCGGUGUCUCCUGCUGGCCAGGCUGCGGGAGCUGGAACAGCAGAUUUGGAAGGAGAGGGAUGAAUAUAUCACAAAGGUCUCUGAGGAAGUCACCCGGCUUGGAGCCCAGGUCAAGGAGCUGGAGGAGAAGUGUCAGCAGCCAGCAAGUGAGCUUCUACAAGACGUCAGAGUCAACCAGAGCAGGUGUGAGAUGAACACUUUUGUGAGUCCUGAGGCCAUCUCUCCUGACCUUGUCAAGAAGAUCCGUGAUUUCCACAGGAAAAUACUCACCCUCCCAGAGAUGAUGAGGAUGUUCUCAGAAAACUUGGCGCAUCAUCUGGAAAUAGAUUCAGGGGUCAUCACUCUGGACCCUCAGACCGCCAGCCGGAGCCUGGUUCUCUCAGAAGACAGGAAGUCAGUGAGGUACACCCGGCAGAAGAAGAACCUGCCAGACAGCCCCCUGCGCUUCGACGGCCUCCCGGCGGUGCUGGGCUUCCCAGGUUUCUCCUCGGGGCGCCACCGCUGGCAGGUUGACCUGCAGCUCGGCGACGGCGGCGGCUGCACGGUGGGGGUGGCCGGGGAGGGGGUGCGGAGGAAGGGGGAGAUGGGCCUUAGCGCCGAGGACGGCGUCUGGGCCGUGAUCAUCUCGCACCAGCAGUGCUGGGCCAGCACCUCCCCGGGCACCGACCUUUCGCUGAGCGAGAUCCCGCGCUAUGUGGGCGUCGCCCUGGACUACGAGGCCGGACAGGUGACCCUCCUCAACGCCCAGACCCAGGAGCCCAUCUUCACCUUCGCUGCCUCUUUCUCCGGCAAAGUCUUUCCUUUCUUUGCCGUCUGGAAAAAGGGUUCCUGCCUUACCCUGAAAGGCUGAAGUGGGGCGCGCGAAGGGCGGCGAAGCGGAGACAGCGGCUCCCUGGGAUCCAGCUCCGCCCUUGGCCAGCGCGCGGCCCGCAUGAGGCGAAAGGACAGGGGCUUGAGUCUCGAACAGCGGUUGUUUAUACUUUAUUUAUCUUAGGCCCUCAGCUCCCUGACGUCCUGAGCCUCUCUGUGACGCUCCGGCCUUCUCUGCACCUCCGAGUGCAGAACCACAGGCGGGCUCAGCUGUGCCUGGGGCAACAGCCAACCUAGGAGCCAGCGGGCUUUCGGGGAAAAAACAGAAAAAGAGAUCUAAAAUAAAAUGUUUAAACUGUUUCAAAAUAAUCAUCGUGGGAAAUCCAGGGUGUUGGUGGACUUGCACUAAUUUAUACAGUUCACUUCGUACUUUGACACACACCUGAAGAUGCCUCCACCUUUGUACGGCUUAGGGCCUCUUCAUCAGCUCUGGGUGGACCCCAGGGCCCCUUCCUUUCCUUCCCCUUCUGGUCAUUUCUCUAGACUUGUAGAGAGUGUCCUAAGAAAGUGUGACUCACAGACCUCUGGAUUCCAUAUGCCCAAUUCGUGCUGAUGGGACUGAAGGAAAGGCUUAAAUCCAGUGGAAUCUGCCUGUGUUGGCAAUUUAGGGCCGAGAUGGCUGGAGGGAGUAGAAGCAGAGAGGAAGGGUGAUGAUCCUUCUGUGACCAAGACACAAUCCUGUCCCUUCUUUUAGUCAGGACACCCCUGAUGACAGACUGUGGGACAAUCACCAGGCCCCACUGUUUAAUAAAAUGAGGCUUUUGCUCAGGUCUAA